GCUGAAGCCUCUGCUGGAGAAGUUGCGCAGCCUGGUGGGGCUGAAGAGUGUCAAGGAGGCCAUGGGUCAACUCUUUGGACUGGUGAAGCUGAGUCUCUGGCGGGAACAGCUGGGCAUGAAAGGCUUGGGCGGCCAGUCGUUCCACAUGCGCUUCUUGGGCAAUCCUGGCACUGGCAAGACGGUCGUGGCGCGCAUCGUGGGAGAGAUGAUGGUGAAGAUGGGUGUGGUGGACAUGCCCGAUGACGUGAAAAAGAAGCUGAAGGAAGAGGCCAAGAUCCAGAGUAUCCGGGAGGACCGAGAGGUGGGACUUCCAUUGAUCUUCAAAGAAGCCGCCAGGGUGGAUAUGGUGGCGCAGUAUCUGGGACAGACUGCUCCGAAGGUGGAAAAGGCCGUCGCUGGAGCCAUUGGCGGAGUGCUCUUCAUCGAUGAAGCCUAUGCUUUGGUGCGCGAUGGCAAGGACAGCUUUGGGCAAGAAGCCGUGGAUACCUUGAUCAAGGAGAUGGAAGACAAGCGCAAGAACGUGAUAGUCAUCCUGGCGGGCUAUGAAGCAGAGAUGGAUAGCUUCUUCGACUCGAACCCGGGCUUCAAGAGCCGCGUGCCCUUCACCUUCCGCUUUGAGGUGUUGAACUCGCAAGGUUUGUCUGUGGCAGCAGAUGCCAGCCCUCGCUUGGAAGACCUCAUUGCCUUCACCAGUGGCUGCUGCAACGACAUCGCCGCCCCUGACUGCCAUCCCUCUCGGGACAACGGCAACGGCCGCACAGUGCGCAACGUCAUCGAGGCCUUACAGCGCGCCAUGGCUCGGCGCGUGGUGCAAUCUCAGAGCACCGAUAUGGCAUCCCUACAGACGUUGACGCUGAAGGACUUGACAUUGGUGGCAGAGGAGCAGGCUGCUGCACGUCUGGAGGGCCCCUGCGGACAAACUGGGCUGGUCACAACUCUGGCAGAAGCUGCUGACAAGAAGGCCGGUCUGGCGAUGUGGAACAAGAAUUACCAGCUCAGCAAACCCAACGAGCAGCUCUACAGGAUGGUGCGAGAAAGCCAGCGACUUUCCAAGUCCUUGAGCAGUUUCCAAAGUACGUUGCUCGGCAACCUACAGACGCAGUGUAGCACUGGCCUUGACAACUUGGUGAAGAAGCUGGAGAGGAAGAUUCAGGUGACCUGCGAUGGGAUGCUGCCCAAGAUGACCAGCGAGUUGGAAAACACCGGCAAGUUGACAGUGGCGCAGUUUGAAGCACUUGUCAUGCCCCUGCAGAUGACAUCCAAAGAGGCGCUCUAUCUCUUGGAAAUCUUCAACAAUGAGGACCUGCCCUCCCCCUUGGACACCCUGCAGACCCCAGCCAUGGCCUGCGAAGAUCGCCUGGAUGACCUUCGCGAUCAGUCCAUCUUGGCGCCCAUGGAGAUGGCGGUGCCGGGCCUGGGGGAACAACUUGGAGAAACCGGGAAAGAGAUGGAAAAAUGA